AUCUUCAUUAUGCCCAAAAAUCAUUUCUAAUCUUGAAUUUAUGUUUAUCCAUGUAUCCUCAGAUUCACAUAACACAAUUCCUAAAUUCUUCAAUAAUCUAUCGAUCGAUAAAUUUUGGUCAGAAGUGAUUGAACAAUUGUUACCCUAUAAGAAAAGUGUUCCGGGUUGGCAUGGAAAAACAGGUAAAGGCACUGGCUUGAGUGGUACGGAAUUGAUGGACCAAUUUAAAUCUAAAAAUUCAAAUGACGAUGAAUACUUAACAGUAAGUGACGAGAAUAUCAAAGAAAAUCUUCGAAAAAGAAUGAGUACUAUUACUCAUUCUUUACUUUCCUCUGAAUCUGACGACUUUUCCCUUCAAAUUAAAUUCCAUGAUAAUAGUAUCUACCAUAAUUUUGAAUCAUUAAUAAAUGAGUUAAAAAUUUGGAAAAGGAUUGAAUCGACUUUAGAAAUGGUGAAUGUUGAAGUUAAUUAUUUUAGAAUUCAAAAAAUUGAAAACGGAAUACCUCUUGGCCAAUAUGCAAAUCCAGUUUGCAAUCGAAAAUGGAUUAGGUUUCAAAUCGAAUCAAUUUUCAAUUUGAAAGCCACUAAAUCUGAU